CAAUUGAAAAUCGACAAAAAAACGAAAAGGGUAGAGAUGUUUCCUAACUCUGUUUCAGUUCGGUAAUGGCGGAGAUUUGCUUUUUUGGGGGUCUGGUCCAUCACAAGGCUCCAUCUCCUUCGUCUCUUCAUCCUCUAUUCCGCAGCAAACCCCAUCACUGCAAUUCAACUUCUCACAUGGCCGCCUCCGUUUCAGCCGAAUGCCACUCCUCCUUGGAGCCACCUUCUCUCCUCGUCUUCUCAGGCGGCACUGGAUUUAACGGUGUGGUGGAAGAGUUGAAGAAGUUAACAACCCGAGUCGCUCAUGUGCUUCCUGUCUCUGAUGAUGGAGGAAGUACAGCUGAGAUUGUUCGUGUUCUUGGCGGGCCAGCGGUUGGUGAUAUACGCUCGAGGUGUUUAAGGCUGUCUGAUGAAAGUACUUCAGAGGCACUUGCUGUCAGGAGGUUGCUUGGACAUCGCUUACCUAUAGAUGCACAUAAGGCCAAGAAAGAUUGGUAUGAUAUUGUGGAAGGUAAUCAUUCUCUGUGGGAUGGUGUAUCAGGACCCUACAGAGAAACAAUCCGCGCUUUCUUGGUUUACUUUCAGAAUGAGAUUCUUAGACGACCUAAUGAUACAUUUUGCUUCAGCAAUGGAAGCAUUGGGAACUUCUUCUUUGCAGGAGCAAGGAUCUUUUUCCAGUCUUUAGAUGCUGCGAUUUUUCUGUUUUCACGUGUUUCGGAGAUCCCUUGUGACAGUUUGGUCCUCCCAGUGAUAUCAACCAACGAUAGGCUUACCUUAGGAUGUGAAUUACAGGAUGGGACUAUAAUACGUGGACAGAACGAGAUCUCUCACCCGACCAAUGGGACUAUGCAGACCGUUGACAAGAGACAUUGUUCGACUUCCGAUCUUCCAUCGAAGAUAAAGAGAGUAUUUUACAUGUCAAGUGAAGGCAAUAAUCUGCUCCAUGAGGUCUUCCCACCAGUUAAUCCAACUGUCUUGGAGCAGUUGAAAACCGUGGACUGUAUCGUUUAUGCUAUGGGAUCUUUAUUCACUUCCAUUUGCCCAUCACUGGUUCUGCUUGGUGUUGGGGAGAUUAUCUCUUCAAGGUCAUGUCGUAAGGUACUUCUGUUGAACGGUAGUCAAGACCGAGAAACAAGCGGCUUCACUGCUUCCUGCUUUGUGAUUGCCAUCGCUGAUGCUCUCAACAGAACUCAUGGAGAUCCUAAUAUUCGGCUCAAGAAUCCCCCUGGAUAUUACAUAAACACUCUCUUGGUCCCGAAAGAUGGAGAAAUAGCUGUAGAUCACAAACAGUUGUCUGAACAAGGAAUCGAUGAUGUUAGAGUCGUGGAGUCUGUUUGUGACCCGAAGCACGGUAUCUUGUUCAACGCGAGCUCGUUGAUAAGCACACUAGCCGGUCUGGUGUAGUAAAUAGUGAUUCUUUAGGCCAUAUCUGGUUCCUUCUUUUGCUUUGAGAUGAUAAUACGGAUAUGAAUCUAUGAAAUUUGUUUUCUUUUUUUUCCUGUUUAGUUUGAUUAUUUGUAGAUGGAUAUUAAAGGUUUUUAAUGAUCAUAUUAAAGAUAAAGUCUCUCU